GUCGGCUCCGACGCCGCUGCCUCCGCCGACGCUUUGUAAGGCGCUCGCAUGCGGAACAGCGGCAACGAGCCAAGUUUUCCGAGUUUGCGAGUUUUCCGUGUAGGGUACUCUGGCAGUGGCGUGCAGAAGAGUGCGAACAUAGCAUGAAGAAGCCUAUCUGCCUAAUGCACGCUCUUCACGGUGGAUUUCCUUAGAACAAACACAUUUCGCGCAGACUAGUCGGAACUUUGCUCCUCAACAACCAAGUCCACGCACUCACAGGAAUCUUCAAGGGAAAUCUGAAAGGAAUACUUGCUGAACUAAGGCCAGCUUACCGAGCACCGAGCACCCAGGACCCAGCGACCGGGACUCAGGAGCCAGCGCGGACUCAACUGCAUCUCUUCGAGCGGAAGCAGAGGACCACAGCCAGGCGCAGCCACGCCCCCCGAGCGACAGCCCAAAGAUGGCGGCCUUCAUAGCUAAGCAGAUGGUUGGAAACCAAUUAAGUGCCGUUAAAGAUGCUGCAGGCGGAGGUGAUGGAGGCGAUGAUGGCGACGACAAGGAAAAGGCAGAGGAGGAGGAGAGGGAGCGUCAGGAGGCCAUCAAGGAGGCCGAGGACCGCCGCAAGGAAAAGCACCGGAAAAUGGAGGAGGAGCGCGAGAAGAUGAGGCAAGACAUUCGCGAUAAGUACAACAUCAAGAAGAAGGAGGAGAUCGUGGAGGCGGCCCCCCAGGAAGAGCCCAAUCCCCUGAUGCGGAAAAAGAAGACGCCCGAGGAACUCGCCGCCGAAGCGGAGCAGGAAGAGCUCGACGAUUUUACAAAACUGAAAAAUCAAAUAGAAACGCAAGUAAAUGAGCUAAAAACUCAAAUAGAGGGAAAAUGUGUCAUGCAGUGAUAUGUCAGUCACCAUAAUAACAGAUAAAUAAAUAUGAUGAUAAAACACAUGUAAUACUGAUAACAUAGCCCAUAAACGGAAAUUAAUUUAACUCAACUUAAAAUUGAAUUUGUUAAUAUGCGAUCAGUUAAUUUACAUGGGAACCAUAAAAUGAAUUAAAACUACUGCGAAUCUAGAGCCUAAUAUAACUAUACCCGGCAGCAACAUAACGCCUUUUAAACACUAAAUCCCAAAAUCGAUGACAGCUAUAAUUCGAAAUGCAUAAUCAAAAUCCGAACGAGACGGUGAACUUGAUGAAUUUUAAAGUAGCUAAAUCGUAAACCAAAUCAUUUAAAUCCCAACUAUAGUGAAAGCCUUUAAUAAUAUUCAAAUCACUUUGCUACGAUAAUAAUGUAAUAUACUCAAGCCCAAUAUACAAUACAUAAUCGUUGUUUAGUUGAUAACAUACAAUAAAAAGUAACGAAAUAAUGAAUAUAUUGAAUCGGCACGAUGACACUCGAAUGCAAAUAGAAAAAAUAAUAAUAAAAUAACAUAAAACAAAAAUACCAAUCCUAAAAAACAUUAAGCCAAUGGUGCGACAGAGGAGGCUACCGAGUUUUGUCGAACCGUCGAAGUACAUAUGUUGCUGAAAUCACACUGGACUUGAAAUCCAUCUAUAAGUAUAGAUAUAUUAUAAAAUAAAUCGGCGAAUAUGUUAGAAUGGUCAUUCGAAUACACCCGUUGUGUAUAUAUGUAAAUUUCAAGAAUUUUACUAGGAGUAAUAAUACUUGCAAACGAAUUGACUGCAGGAUACGUUAAAAUGGCUGAUUCUCUAAAUUGUUUAUCAUAACCAAGAAAAAAUGGUUGCAAAUAUAUGAAAAAGAUUCAGUCAAUUUGUUUUUCAACGUUUGACUCAAACAUCUUUAACAGCUGUUACAUUUUGUUUCUUUCUUAUACAAACAUCAUACCCACACAACAACUAUUGAGAAUUUCGAACUCUUUGAGACAGUUAAUGAUCUCUCUGAUUGAUGCUUCUGAAAUCAAAGUUGAAAAAACGUCUUAGCGAUGCGUUUAAGAAUUGUCCUUUGAGAAACUUGUUCUGAACAAAGGUCUCAGAUAUGACAGUCGUACCACUAUUUGGUCGGUAUCGGUUUCAGAUUACCCAAACAGACACCCUCACCAGCCCGCCCCCUUGGGCGUAUAUGUGAAAGAGUAAAUCAAAGUACUCUUCUCCUUUGAAUCCUUCAACGUGCAUUACCUGACAGAUCCUGAUCCAGCCAAGAUAUCGAAUGACGGCUAUACCAACAUCUGUCUAAGCUAGGCUUACCUCAAAUGAUUUCGAUAUGUGGAUACGCUUUCGCCCAACUAGCACCAUUGCCUAUAAUGUAAGCCCCAAACUAUAAGACGAUUUCACCGGUCCCCACUUUAAGAAAGUUGUGGAGAAAUCACAUUUAAGCACUACCACGUAUAAAUGCGUUGGAUAUUUGAGUAGUUGAACUAUUUUAGUUAAGUGUAAAGCAACGCACAUUGAUGCAAUGAGGCAGUCAGUUCCUUUGUACUUAAAUCGAAUUAGCUUUUUAGAGUUGGCUCAAAUUCGGUUAUUCCAUAGGCACAACGAUUAAAGAUAGAAAAAUUACGAUACUUUUACAUACAUAUACUGACUAGAAGGAAACGUAGCAAACAAAUGUGAAAUCAAAGAUGAAUCAACAACGACAGUAGAUUAAAGCAAUUAGAAUAGCAAAAUCGCCGCAUACCGAGAGUCUUUUAAUGGUGCCAAAAGCACAUUCUGGUAAAUUUCAUGUAUAAGCGCGACGAAUAUAGGUGACUCGAGUAUUUUCGUCGUUAGCCCAAUAAUUCAUAAGAUUUUUAAAGUACCUGAAAUUCCAUUGACCCUACUGGAAGUCUAGUAUUAGGUUAAGAUCAUUAGAAUGACGUUAUAGUGUUGCUGAAUGCAGAUGACUUCCUCCCUAACUUGAAAUCUGCUCGACGACAAAGGCGUGUUCCUUUCAAUUUUUACAUUUUCAUUAGGCUUACACCAAAAAUAUAAUGCAAAUACUUGGCUCGCUAAUGCGAACUAUUUUUUCCGAUCCGUUCUGUCACAAAUGCCGAUUUAGGCAUUUUUGUAAAAGAUGGUGGAAUAGAUUGAAAUCGUUUCAGCAUGAAUCAUUUAAGCAAAACAAUCAAUCAUAUCUGUCUUGAACGAUUUCGUGUCUUAAUUUGUAAUAUUACAUAAUUUUACAAUUUGAAUGAUAUAAAAAUAAGUAUAAUUCAAAAGAAUUGACGAAAACUAAUAUAGAAAGUUGUUUUUAUAAUAUAAGUAUAUAUAAUUUACAUACAAAAUGACCGACUGAACAUAUUGUUAAAAGUUUUAUGAACUUUACUUGCAUAUAUACAUGUAUUGAUAUGAUCAAGUAAAUAAAAAUUAAGGAAAUAUAUAUACAAGGAAUUCAUAAAAUAUAUUAAAGAUUCUAUACCCUAAUCAAUCAUAAAUUUGCGAUUCAAAAUAUACAAGAAUAAUUUAACUUUAAAAAUAAUAAAAGACGCAUAGCCCAAAGUUAAAUUAGUUACCUAGGACCAUAUACAAAUUGAAUAGAAACAAUAGUUUUGACACACGCCUCAUUGACAUUUGAUAUCAUAUAAACCACUUUUGGACACCUAUCAUAUAAUUAAAUCGUACCUGCUUUCGUUACAAGCCCCCAAAGAAAUAUCAAGACUUUUUCAAAAUAUCUGCAUUAGAUCUCCUUGCCUUCGACAGAAUACGAUUUGAGAAUGGGAAACAUUCAAAGGAAUACCGUAAAAGUCCCUGGUAAGCCGAAGGCAGCUGUAAUAGUUAGCAGCUUAGCCACUUAUCGCAGUUAAAUUAAGCAUUCUUGCAUUUCGAAAACGUUUUGAAGAUACUAACUUAACAGCCAAUGCCAAUGGCUCUGCUGUCAAACAAUUAUUACUCAUAGGUCAAAGUUCUUCUACACGGACGCGUACUAAACAUCCCCGCGAUGCAAGUGCGAGUCGAAUGAUUGCCGUAGCGAAUACCAGUAUUGUACCAGUUAAAUUGAAAUAUAUUGUAUUGCAUUGUAAUAUGUUGUAUUGUAUUUACUGUUGAAUUGUAUUUUAAUAUAGAACAAGUUCAUUUCCAAUAAAGAGUUUUAAAAUGCAUUAUGAAAAAAUCAA